AUGUCAGUCUUCAUCUCGCGCUUCAUCGAGCUUCCUCAGAACGCCCGCGCCGUUGUCGAGGCUCUCCAAUCCAUCAGCACCAGCCUCACCGCCAACAAAGAGCAAGACAGCUGGCGCGUCUUCACCAUCAGCCGCUCCGAGUACGCCCGCUUCAUCAAAUACAUCCGCCACCCUCUCGAAGCCGACCUCUACGACUGCUGGCAAAGCAUCCGCUACGACUACAUCCACCGCACCUCAAUCCUCGCCAUGCGUCUCCCCUCCGUCUCGCAAGUCCUCUUCACCAGCUCGCUGCACGAGCAAAUCACGCGCAGCAUCGACGCCAUCGCCGACGCCCACCCCAACGGCUGGUUCCUCAAGCACAUCAUGGCCAUCAACCCGGAGCGCGACUCCAGCGACGACGCGCUCGUCUUCAACGCGCACCGGCCCGACCUCUCCUUCUACUUCACGCCCGAGGACCCCCCCUCCCCUCCUUCCUCCCCCUCCUCCGCCGUUGCUCCGCCGCGCAAGCGCCCUCGCGUCCCCGGCGCCUCCGAGCCCACCCUCAUCGUCGAGAUCUGCAACGCGGCCAAGCACGGCGCCAUGCAGAUGCUGGCGGAGCGCUACACGCACGGCGGCGGCGGCGCGACCCGCACCGUCGUCGCCGUCGACACGGAGCGCGGCGUCUUCUCUGUCUGGCGCUUCUUGCGCUACCUCCCCACCAAGCUCGAGGGCAAGACGUUCCGCCGCUGCUUCUUGACGCAGGACAGCGUGGCGUGGCGCGGUGCGGGCACCUGCGCUGAGGGCGAGGGGCUGGUGCUGAGCGUGCGCGAUUUCAUGCCGACGGUACUGCCGGACGUUGAGGAUGUGUCUCCUGAGGAGAUGGACGAGCUGAUGAGGAGGAAGGUGGUGCUGGAUCCGGCGUGCCUCACCAAGAUGUGGCUGGAGUCGUGGUCGAUGCAGGAGGCGCCGUUGUAUUACGGCAGCGAGGGCAGCGAGGGCAGCGAGGGCAUGGAUUUCUCGGACAGCAGCAGCAGCAGCGAGGAUGACGUGGAGGAGCCUGGAGAGGUGGAGAUGGAGGAGCCGGGCCUGGACGACUUCAUCAGCACGGAGGAGGACUUUGCGAUGGAGGAGGAGGACGAGGAGAAUGAGUAG